UGAGAACUGCUCCAAAAAAAAAUGAUAAAUUCAUUUGAAAACACUUUUAUUCGAGGACCAUCGCCAUCCUAUUCCGACGAUGCCAAUUCCGAGAAUGCUCUCUCAGUAACUCUUCCCAUCGGAGGACCUAUUCCGGAGCUGGAUUUCUGUCGCGACGACUCCAAGACUGAUACGGCGGACUACUUUGACGAGAAGUAUAACAGCGACAGCUGCUCUCGCUUACAUCCUGGUCAUGAGGGACGCAAUACAUUUGCCUUCUGGACCAUCGUGGUCAUCCUAUUGGCCCUGACUGUGGGCAAUCUUGUGCUCACACUGACCAUCGUUGGGGUGCUGCGCUUGGGCAAGGGAGUUCAAGGCAUGGAGGUGAUUCCUGAGGUGGAUGUAAUCAAGUUUUACGGAUCUACUGACUUGGAGAGAGUCCUGACCAGUUCGUAUGGUCAGAUUCACGGCUUCUCGGAUGUGCCUGUGACCAUUAGCAGCGAUGCUGAAGAUGGUGUUCACAUUCGGGUCUUUCGCAAUGGAAAUGGAGCUUCCACCAAUGAACGCGAUAGAAUCGUUCUGAACAAGGAGGGCGUUCUCAUCCAGGCUACCAAUCUCUUCGAGGUCAAGGACCCGAAGGACAGGCAACCAGUUUUCACCACCCAUCGUCCUCAGUACAACAUUCCGGGGGGAGUGAAUUCCCUCCAAGCUAAGGUGAUGAGUGCCAGUGGCAUCGCAAGUCCCGUAGACGAAGCCCUAAGGCUGGAGAGCGACGGCAGGUUGUCCAUCAGGGGCGCCCAGGGAGUCUUUUUGGACGGCGCCAAGGUCGACAUUCAGGCCGAGCAUCAUAUCUCCAUCAACUCCACUCAGGGUGCCACCAUUCUAGAGGGCGGCGCGGGAAUCUUUCUGGACAUGAAUCGUAUUCCCAUUGUCAGCUCCGAAAUGGGCCUACGUACAGGUAGUGUUCAGUACAAGAUAUGUGUGUGCAUGCCACACGGAACGCUCUUCCGCAUCGCCAUUCCACGGGUUCACAACGGCCCCAAGAUAUCAUGUGCCCAUUUCAGCGGCAAGGAUGAUCCCUGCGAGAUCAACUAAAUAUUUAAAAUAAAAA